UCGAUAUCAAGCGUCAUCGCCAUCAGUCUCGUCUUCUUGCCAGCGAGAGAGAGCACAUCAACGCCGUCCCGCACCCUGUUCUUGCUGGUUUCUCGUCAUCCUCCCCAUGAAUGAGUACGAUUACUUUGAACAUCUCGCUUUGACUCUUCUAUUCCCAACUUGUUCAGCGACCUCUUGCUUUUUGCCCCUUUUGUGACCAGCUGGUUAUUCGAUCCUCUGCUUCGAAGGAGCUCGAUUGCUGGAAUAUAGGUACAAGGCAGGCUUUGGAGGCAUCAUAAGGACCCUUUUGCGUUUUAGCAUCCCUUCUGACACUUGUCAAUCUGCCAACACUACCUACCCACCUUCUUCCUUCGCCCGCCGCUUUCACCGUUCAUCCAGUCCGCUUUUCACCUCAACACUCUCCGUGACCUCUGAAGAGAUCAUCUAUUUCCCGCAACCCUGUGCUCAGCACAGUCACCUUUAACCAAGCAUCUCCUUUUACUCGCCGGUUUUACACUCGGCAAGCAUUCCUUUUACUCAGCCCAGCACUCCGCCUUUUCACACAGCACCAGCACCAACUUCCUCUCCAGCCGACCACCUGCACCAGCAAGUUUUCCUUGAGAACUCCUGGUGUACAUAAGCGAUACAGAAAGGAAAAAAAAAAAAAAAUAGGAAGAAAGACAUUCAGUCCUCCAUCGACUCUUUUUUUUUCUUUUCUCUCAGCGUAGGUGCAACCUAGCAGACCCGUUUAUCCCAACAUCCAACAUGUCGGCUUCGCCAACCUCCGCCGUCGCAUCUACGAAACGACCUCUCGAGGACCCAUCCUCGCCUUCUGGUCCGACCGAUCAGCCGGAUGCCAAACGUCAGGCAUUAGAUAAAGUAGUUAAAGGUGACGAGCAGGAGGUCAAAGGGGACCAGGAUAAUACGAAGAUCGAGGAAAAUAAUAAAGUCGAGCCUACCGCCGAAACCGAUGGCGCAGCCCAGAACAACGUCCAGGAUGGUCAAGGUGAUCUAGUGGUUCCCGAUGCCCCUAACAAUGGAAAGUCUUCCCCAACUGCUCCUUUGGAGACUCAACCUAUUCAGUCUACAGCCUCACACAAUGACCGUGCAACCUCCCAAGCACCUGGUCAAUCCCACGGAACACAGGAUGAAACCGGGUUUAUUCACAUCCGUGCUGUUAUUUCAAGUGCUGAAGCUGCCACCUGCAUUGGUAAAGGUGGAGAAAAUGUUUCUCAGAUUCGCCGUCUCUCCGGUGCUAAAUGUACCGUCAGCGAUUACACCCGUGGUGCAGUCGAGAGAAUCCUGACUGUUAGUGGUCCUCAAGAUGCAGUUGCAAAGGCGUUUGGGUUGAUUAUUCGUACAUUGAACAAUGAACCUCUGGAUUCGCCAUCUACAGCUCAGUCCAAGACCUAUCCCCUUCGCCUGCUUAUUCCCCAUAUCCUCAUUGGCUCAAUCAUCGGCAAGUCUGGCGUUCGCAUCCGCGAAAUUCAAGAGCACUCUGGUGCACGCCUCAAUGCCUCAGAUUCCUGCCUUCCCUUAUCCACUGAACGAUCCCUUGUUAUCCUUGGUGUUGCUGACGCCGUUCACAUUGCCACCUACUACGUUGCCGCCACUUUGGUUGAGCAGUUGACAGAAAGGUUCGGUGGACCUGCGGCCUCAGCAUAUGCAACCCGAAGUGGUGGUCCCGCAGGUGUUGUUCCCGGUGGCAUGCAAGUAGUUCCCUACGUUCCGCAACCCGCUGGUGGACAAUAUGGCCAUCCAGACAGCUUCAAGCGACACCAUCCCCAGGCCAAUCGCGCGAUGUCUACCGGCUAUGGAGUGCCAUAUAUGCAUGGACCUGGCCCAAGUCCGCACGGUAUGCAGCAGCCUAUUCAUUAUAACGCCUCCCCCCGCCAAGGCUACACUGGGGCUGGACCGCAUCAGCCCGCUCCCUACGGAGCUCCUCAACCUCCUCACAGUCAUGGAACGCCGGCUCAACCAAUGGGAGCUCCUGUUGCUGGCGGCCCAUUGACCCAGCAAAUUUUCAUUCCCAACGACAUGGUUGGUGCUAUCAUCGGAAAGGGAGGUGCCAAGAUCAAUGAAAUCCGCCACCUUAGCGGGAGCGUCAUCAAGAUUAAUGAGCCCCAGGACAAUAGCAAUGAGCGUCUGGUGACCAUCACUGGAACCCAGGAGUGCAACCAAAUGGCCCUCUACAUGCUCUACUCGAGACUUGAGAGCGAGAAACAUCGCAUUUAA